AUGGUCUCAGUACUGGUACAAGGUCACAUCCAAAUGUGGAACAAAAAGGCAUGGAUGGCUAUGUCAAAAGAAGCAUUCAUUGAAACUGUGGUAGGAAGAAAGUACAUAAAACUUGUGCUCUAUUUCAGCACAGGAAAAGUUAAAACUUUGCUGCUUAGUGAUAAUAUUAAAAGUGUGGUCGUUAAGGCCUGUGAAGAAAACCAGUAUCUCCUGCAUUUAACUUUUCAAAAUAAUGACUUCUUGGUUAUUGAAAAAAUGUCCCUCCAGGAUGCCCAAAAGUUGAAGAGCUUCUUAGACAGAGUCCAACAAAACAGACUUGAUCCCUCUGUGACAUCCAGCAUGCAGAGAGAUGCCUUUAAUAGCACAGACACACAGAAUGCCUCUACCAGCUCAACCACAGACAGUAUCUUGCCCAGCACAAGUGCACAGAAUAUCCCUGCCACCUCAGCCACACAGGAGAGCUCAAUCAGUAAGCCUUCACAGAGCCAAGUUUCUAAGCAAACCAAUACUGGAGGCGUUGAGGUAGUCAGUGAAGCUAAAACACUUGUUCCAAAGAUUCUUGUCUGUCCAUCAACACCUAUUAGUAAAGAGUUACACACAAACCAACCUGCCAAUAGGAAAAGAACCAAACCAUCCAAUUCGGACCAGAAUGAAAACAAGAGCUUACUGGUAGAUGGUAUGAAAUCUAAGGGAGAGUCCUCCAAGUGUGAAAAAAGUUGUGAUAAUCAAUUGGAGGUGGAAAAGAAAAAGAAAUCAGCAAUUGAGUUUUCCUUUGUAACCAAUUCUGUUGAAAACAUCAGCCUAAAGGGCACUGCUUUUCAACCUGCCACUGUGAAGAAAUUUUUACCAUACCUGUUUGGAUCCAGCCAGAAUGAGGAUGGUGUAGAUUGGGAUGAAUUUGAGGUGUUCUUUUCAAUGUAUCCAGAGAAAAUGUUGCGUGGUCUCCCCAAUUUGGGAAACACCUGUUAUAUUAAUGCAGUUUUACAGUGUCUGUGUUCAAUGACACCGUUUGUUAAUGAUUUACUUAAUCAGGGUUACCCAUGGUCUGAAAUUCCCCAUGAUUCUUUCAGCAUGUACUUGACACAGGUACUUUUUUUGAAAGAUAUUUUUAAUAUGAAAGCCAAGGAGAAGGUCCUUGUAGACAUUAAAAUCGCCAUUUCAGUAAUAGCAAAGGUAUUCUCUAAUAACAUGCAGAAUGAUGCUCAUGAGUUUCUAAGUCACUGUUUGGAUGAGCUGAGGGAGACCGUACGAAAGUUAAAUGCAAUUCAGGAAAUGAAAAAUAAAUGCGGAAAAGGAACUUUACCUAGACAGAUUUUUGCUGAUAACACUGCAACCAAAAGGCCUUUUUGUCCUAUUUUCACUAAUUUUGAGGUUGAGUUGGUGCGUUCUAUUUUUUGUAAAUCUUGUGGAAAUGCUCUUCUCACAACAGACCCAAAUAAUUUUCUCUCCAUCAACCUUCCUCAAGGAAUGAAAACACGUCCUUUGUCUAUUCAGUACGCUCUUGAUCAUUUCUUUAGUGCAGAGGAGCUUGAGUAUAAGUGUGGGAAAUGUAAGCACAACAGAUCUGUUGCAAUGCACAAACUCAAUAAGCUACCCAGGAUCCUUGUUAUUCAGCUGAAACGCUAUAGCUUUAAUGAAACUCAGUCAUUAAGGAAGGAUAAACAGGAAGUUAUUAUCUCCAAGUAUUUAAAGCUGUCUUCCCAUUGCAAUAGGAACACAAAACUACCUGCUCCCCUUAGCAAGAAUGGGGAUAGACGAGAUAAUCAACUAUUAAAAGAUUUUCAAAAGAUGACUUUUGACCUGUUCAAUUCAUCAGAACCUUCAGAGUUGACCUCAAAGUUCAUGGAUCUACCCAUUGGAUCAGAAAAGGAAUCAGAAGCACAAAAAUUAGCUCAAGGAGCAAGUAGUAGUGAAGAGCAGCAGAGUUACCUAGGAAGAGAGCCUGAUAAAACUGACUGGGGAGAGGAGAUGUGCUUUGAAGAAGAGCUUCUUGAAGAAAAGCUCUCAGCUGGCUCAAAAUAUCAGGAUGACGUUUCUGAUUCUCUGGUCCAAGAGGAUGAAGCUAAACCCUCUAGCAGCACAGUUGCAUAUCUUGCAGAUGGUUUUAUUGAAAAUAUGUCUCACAGUCCAAAACUAGACCAAUAUGAGAAGACAAAUAUAUCAAUGGAGUCAGACUUGCAAAGUAUUGGUGAGCGUUGGAGAGAUUUAUUUGAAGAUAACCCUGUUAUUCCAGACAAAUUCCAAAAUAAGGGCAAACAGACCCAGAAGUAUGAUAAGGUGAGAAUGCAGAAAGAAGCCAUUCAACGGGCAUUUACUCAAAGCUGUUCAAAGCCAAAUGCCCAAGGGCAUAUGGAGAACCUCACAAGACCUACAGAAUUAAGUGAGCAGAAGGCUUGCCUGAAUUCCCAGAGUUCACCCUAUUCUCCUAGGAAGUCUAGAAAUGUGACAAAGAAAGAAUCAGAAGCCAAGACUCGAAUGGUAGAUGAUAAAGAUGCUGCUUACACCUAUCGUCUCACUGGUGUUAUUAGCCAUAUUGGGAACACCACUCAUUCAGGCCACUAUAUCAGUGAUGCCUACAACUUUAGUAGGCAGAAGUGGUUCACCUAUAAUGACCUACAUGUAAUGAGUAUUCCUGAGGUCAGUAUGCAGGAGGCCAGGAUUUGCACUGGCUAUAUCUUCUUUUACAUGUAUAAUGAAACUUUUGAAGAAUUGUUGGAGAAGGAGGAUUUGAAGAAGAGGUCUAGCCACAAGGCAGAGUCCUCUCAGAAGGAAUAA